AUGCCGCAGACUCCUUCAACUAGGUGGUGUCCAACCCCAGAGCAGCUGAUGAUACUGGAGGAGAUGUAUAGAAGUGGGGUUAGAACUCCAAAUGCUGCCCAGAUACAGCAGAUAACGGCACAUCUCUCCUACUAUGGGAAGAUUGAGGGCAAGAAUGUGUUCUACUGGUUCCAGAACCACAAGGCGAGGGAACGACAGAAGCUCCGCCGAAGGCUCAGUCGGCACCAACAGCUGCUCCACUACCAGCUUCACCAGUCAGAGGAUGCUCCUCCUCCUCCCUCCCCUAUACUCCAACGCCACAUGCCUCCUCACUUGCUCCAUCAGGUCUUCUUCUUCUUCUCUUGCCUUCAGGAGGCAACAACCCAAGGCAUGGAUUUGGUUGGCAAGUUGGAGACUGUUGGAACUGAAGAAGAAGAAGAAGAGCCGAUGACAAGUGCUAUGGGGUUUGAGCAAGAAUGGAUGACAACGAUGGAUGCGAGUUCACGUGUUCCUCCAUGCUGCAGGCCUCUGAAAACUCUGGAUCUUUUCCCUGUCAAAAGCACCGGUCUAAAAGAUGAAUGCAGCUCCUCCAAGUCCUCCUCAUGCUCCACGUCCACCAACUAA